CGUUCUGAUCAGUACCGGGUACUAAUUCGUUGCGCCGGCGCGAGAUCGAUCGGAGGCGAUGGGAGGGGGGAGCAUGGGGGUCCGCGCGGCCGCCAAGGCCGCCAUGAUCGGCGGCUACCGCUCCGCUGCCGCCUACCGCCGCGCCGUGAAGCCCACCGCCGGCGCAGCAACCGCGGCCGACGGCCGCCCCGCGUCCACCUUCUCGGUGGUGGAUGACUGGGUCAUCACGGACCGCGAGGUGUUCGGCCCCGUGCCCACCUACGAGGAGGCCAUGGCCGCCACCAUCGACCUCAGGGAAGCCUUCGAGAUUGCUAAGGUUGAGUCUCAUGUUGCCCACCUGGAAAUUUCGAAGACAAAGGAUGCCCAGGAAACAUUUCAGGAUCGUGUUCAUUCAGAAUCAUUUAAGCAUGAAGACAAGUAUGAAAAUUUAUCUGUUUCCUCUGGAGCCUCUGGACGUGUUAUUGAAGCCUUUACAAUGCUACAGGAGAGUCCUGAAGCACAGGAUGUCGUUGCUUCGCUUGCUUCUGACAAGAAUGUUUGGGAAGCUGUGAUGAAGAAUGAAAAGGUUUUGCAGUUCUACAAGACAUGCGGGACAGACCUCAGUGAAUCUUCUAGUGUUACUGAAGAUAGUGACGCUGAGAGCUCACAAAGCAGCAGUGUGCCUUCACCGGGCUCUGGAGAAGCAUUCAAGGACUACGUUGAGAAAAUGAAGGCAUUCGUGUCCGAGAUGGUGACGAAUCUUUCGAGCAUUAUGCAAGACCUGGUUGCAACGUCGGACAAGGGCCAGAGCAAGGGGAGGUUGAAAACCCUGAUCAUGAACACCAAGAAAGAUUUUGCAAAUGGCCCGUCGACCUUUGUGCUCCUGGCUAUUGCGUCCAUUUUCGUAGUUUUGCUCAAACGCGCGUAGUUCGAAAACAAACGAAUCAGCUGCCAGGGUGUUUGUUUGGUGCUUCAGAGAUUGGUUUUGUUUCAACAUUUUCUUGAGCCAGUUAGUGUUUGAUGUUCUUAGUUCAACAAGUCGUUGAUUGCAAGUACAGGUCAAUUUUAAGUCAUUCCAACUUCCAAGGGUUUAUCCUGUAACUGUGUCCACCUGGGUGAUCAUGUAUACAAGAUGAAUAAUAUGACAUGUUCACAUGUUACUGCAUCUUCUGCUUAAAAAAUAACUUUGGUGUGCA